AUGACAACCACUCUAGUAAAGCAAUGGCUUGAUCUCGACCAGAACCCCGUCACCCGAAAGCAGAUUGAGGAUCUGCAGACCGCCAAUGACACCAAGCAGCUGGAGACUCUGCUCAGCAAGCGGAUCUCAUUUGGAACUGCUGGACUUCGUGCUCGAAUGGAGGCUGGAUUCGCGCGAAUGAAUGACGUGACCGUUUUGCAGGCCUCUAUUGGACUCGCCUCCUACGUAGAUCGAGAAGUCCCCGACGCCACCUCCAAGGGUGUGGUCAUUGGCCAUGAUCAUCGGCACAACUCCGAACAGUUUGCCAAGCUCACAGCCCUGGCCUUCGUCAACAAGGGCUUCAAGGUGUACCUGUUCAAGGGCCUUGUCCACACACCCAUCGUUCCUUUCGCCAUUGAUGCCCUUGGAGCCUCUUGUGGUGUCAUGGUGACCGCAUCCCACAACCCCGCGGCUGACAACGGCUACAAGGUCUACUGGGGAAACGGAUGCCAGAUUAUCCCUCCCCAUGAUACUGGCAUUGCCGCCGAGAUUGACGCUCUCGCUGACAAGACCACCAAGUUUGAAUGGGACCUGUCAAAGUUGGACAAGCUCAUUGAGGGAGAGACUAUCGACAACCGAACAGAGAUGCAGCAAAAGUAUAACGACAACCUAAAGAACCUGGUGCACCACAAGUUUGAGCCCUCCGGCCCUCUGGCUUCGGGUGUCGUCUACACUGCCAUGCAUGGUGUCGGCUACCUGCCUUCUAUUGAGGCAUUCAAGCUCUUUGGCAUUCCUCUGGAAGAUGUUUUCUCUGUUCGAAAGCAGCAGGAGCCCAACCCCGAUUUCCCCACAGUAGCAUUCCCUAACCCCGAAGAGCACGGCGCGCUCGAUCUCGCUAUGAAACUCGGUGAUGCUCAGGGGGCUGAUCUCAUUGUUGCUAACGAUCCCGAUGCUGACCGAUUCGCUGUUGCUGUCAAGGAGAACGGAGAUAAGUGGGUGCAGCUCACUGGAAACCAGAUUGGUAUCCUGUUUUCUGCUUACCAGUGGGAUCAGUACAAGAACUCUGGCAAGAAGAUUGCGAUGCUCAACUCCACAGUCUCUUCUCAGAUGCUGAAAUUCAUGGCUGAGAAGGAGGGCUUCCUGUAUGAAGAUACUCUUACUGGCUUCAAGUGGAUCGGAAACCGAGCUAUUGAUCUCGAGAAGGAGGGCUACACUGUGCCCUUUGCCUACGAGGAGGCUAUUGGAUAUAUGUUCCCCGGUGUACAUGACAAGGACGGCGUGAGCGCGUCACUCGUCUUCCUUCAGCUGGCUCAGGCCUAUGGAGGAGGCGCCAAGCUUAUUGAGAAGCUCAACUCUCUCUAUGACAAAUACGGCCAUUUUGCUGAGAAGAACGGCUACUAUAUUGCCAAGACUCCUGAGCUCACCACUGAAGCAUUCAAGCAUGUUCGAUCCUACUUCAAAGGUAGAUUUCAGAAGGGCGACUACCCCAAGACCAUUGGUCCCUUUGAUGUGACCAGCUGGAGAGAUCUUACCACUGGUUACGACUCCACCACUCCUGACCACAAGCCCACUCUUCCUGUUUCUCCAUCUACUGAGAUGAUCACUGCCACUCUGGCCACUCACGAUAACCCCGAUGAGUUUAUUAGAUUCACUGCUCGAGGUAGUGGAACUGAGCCCAAGCUCAAGAUUUACAUUGAUGCUAAGGCCGCCUCCACUGAGCGAGCUCAGGAGCUUGCCCAGGAGACCUGGGAUGCUCUGGAUGAAGAGUGGUGGAGACCUGAGGAAAGCGGACUCCAGAGAGUCCACUAA